CCCUGCUUUCUGUUUUCUCUGUCAGUUCCUAUUUCAGUAACCAUCCUUAUUUCUUCCUUUCUAGGCUUGGACAACCUGUGCAAGUUUGGCAGCAAUGGCACCAGUGGCAUCCUGCAGUCCAGAGAGAAAGAUGCAUUGGGAGUGAAGGAUUGAGGGCAUGAGCAGUGCAGGAGUGCCCUCCUUCUGCAGCAGUUAUGUUACACCGAGCCAGGCAGCUCUGUGGGAAGUGGUUCCGUUGGUCCAGCCCUUUCAUCCAUCUCCUCACCCUGACUGUGGUGACUUUUGGUGUGCUGGCACCUUUGAUCUGCCACCGGCUCCUCCACUCUUACUUCUACCUGCGGCGCUGGCACCUGAACCCCAUGAGCCAGGAGUUCCUGGAGCAGAACCAGCAGGAGGGCCGGGAUGCCCUCCAUUACUUUGAGAAGAUGCAGACGCCAAAUGCCUCCGAGGCCUCUGGCAGUGACGCCUUCCAGCCCUUGCUGCUGAUCACCAUUGUCACUGUGCAGAGGCGGAAUGAUUUCCACUACGUCUUGCAAGUGGCCUCCCACUUCCACCGCCUCCUCCAGAAGUGUGGGGCGCGUUGCCAGAGGCACCGCAUGCUCCUCUGUAACGUGGAGUCAGACCCCAGCAGCCAUCAGGACGUCAGGCUGCUGAGCAGCCUCUUUCCUGUGGUCAGUCGUGACAGAACUGGGGAGAAUCCUGACCCCAGCCUGAACCAGUUCGAGAAGGAGAAGCAGGACUAUGUCUUCUGCCUCGAGCAGUCACUGUUGGUGUACAGCCCAGAGUACAUCCUCCUCGUGGAGGAUGAUGCCGUGCCAGAGGAGGAGAUAUUUUCUGUCAUGCAUCACCUGUUCUCGGCCCGGUUCUCCAAGCCCUACCUCAGAGACGCUCUCUACUUCAAGCUGUACCAUCCCGAGAGGCUCCAGCGCUACUUCAACCCCGAGCCCAUGAGGAUCCUGGAGUGGCUGGGGCUGGGCAUGUUCCUGGGGCCGGUGCUGGCCGCCGCGUACUGCCGGGCCGUGGGGCAGGCGGGCCCUGGCUGGUGCCUGGUGGCGUUCUUCGCCCUGUACAGCAUGGCCCUGGCAGAGCUGGUGGGGCGGCACUAUGGGCUGGAGCUGCGCCGCCUGCACCCCGCGCUCUACAACGUGGUGCCGGCCAGCGAGUGCUGCACGCCUGCCAUGCUGUUCCCCGCCGCCUCCGCCCGCCGGGCCUCGGGAUACCUGCGGGGGCUGCGCUGCCGCCAGGGCUUCGCCAAGGACACCGCCCUCUACUCGCUGCUGCGGGCCAAGGGCGAGAACGCCUUCGUGCUGGAGCCCAACCUGGUGCGGCACGUGGGCAUGUACUCCAGCCUCCGACUGAGGAGCAACCCGAAACUGCUGUGAGCUGCUGCUGCCUCGCCUCACAGACAGCACCCAGGGCACUUGCCAUGGGCAGAGGGACAGUGUGCACGCACAGAUUCUGUGCUGCUUGCACUGGGCAUCCCGUGUCUCCAUGAGGACAAAGAAUAACUCUAAAAGUGUAAGUUUUCUUAUAAUCAGCUUAUGUACACAGAGAUCCUAUUUAAUAGGAACUUGGAACUAAUCACCAUGCACCACCUGGGAGGGGAGUGGAGGAUAACAGCUCGUUCUCCUUACCAAUUCCCAAAGAAAAGCUCUCACACCAACAUGCACAGCUUUCCUACCUACUCUCCUGAACACAGGUUACAAAAAUCUUCGCCUUAGGGCAGCAGGAGUGUUGGACAAAGUGAAUGUUUCAAAUUCAAGCUAAUGAGGCAGGGAAGGCCUUAUUUCCCCAUUCUUACUAAGCUCUGAUCUCUGACCUGGCUCUGUUCCAAAGCUGUGGUUUUGAGCAGACCCUUCAAAAGCAGAAGUGGUUUGCAGGAGCUUUCCCACAAAUUCUGCCCAGAUACUUCAAAUUUAUGAAGUCUCUUUAGUUAUUGUCUCCCUGUCUGCACCUCCACCAUUCCCAAUUCUUGUUCUUCAACCAGAGGCUCUUCAAAACAAAACCUCUUCUGCUUCAUUAGAGGUCACCUCUGAGAGUAGGGAUAGGAAAACAGAAUCACAACCACUGAUGUUCCACAGAUGGGUCACAAAUGCACAUUUUCAUUGAUACAUGAGACACAUUGUACACAAUGAUUGCUGUGUUGAUUGGGAUCAUCACUCAUUGUACUGGAUCCAUUACAAGAGGUUUUAUCAGCCACUGAGUGAACUUAGACAUUCGACAUGAAUUUACCUUGACUUUCCCUCAGCACAGGGGUAAAGGAAAGAUUAGAUCAGGUGCUGUUGUUGUGCAGGAUCCUGCACAGGAUUCAUUCUGGGCCUGUAAUUCACAGCUCUGCUGGAGUGGUUCAUUCGCUGCUCCUGGCAGAAAGCAAAAUACCUGUGGGAAACAAAAAUAGCUGUUCACGAGAGCAAGCAACAAUAGCACAGCACAUCAAGGGGCCACUCUGACAGUGACAAUGUGUCCUGGUUGUUAGUCAUCUGGCAUAGGUACUUUGCACCAGGGCUGUGGACACAGUUAAGUAUAAAUCUAUGCAGUUAAAUAUAAAACCUUGCAGAUUACAAGAGACCUCAUACUGAAUGAAAACAGGCAAAACUUGGGUAUGCCUUUAGUGAGCUUUGAAUCAAAUUCACUUAGAGGUGGCAUUUGGUCGAACUGUUUUUAAAACCUUAUUCCUUGCUUUGGAAUGAACCAAGUACAUAUUUUUUGUUGAGUUUAAUCAGUGGGAGUUGUUUGGGUUUUUCUUUUUGGUAAUGGAAUGGUUCUGCUUUGAAUUUUCUUCUGCCAGCUCUCUCCCAGGUGACCUAUGCCUUAAGCUCUUAACAAGUGUGAUUAUAGGUGAGAAAUACCUAAAACUCCUGAGAGAUGAAACCAAAGAAAUUGGCAACCAUCCCUCUGUCGUAGCAGUAGGUAUCAGCUACACAGCACAAAGGCACAGUGCAGGUUAGCUGAGACACAGCAUCACAGCAGUGCUUUGCUCUCCAGUAAUCAGCUUUUAGAACAUCUUUGGAAAUUAGAGUGAGUAAAAACUGCUUGUGGGUUCCAGGCCAUUCCAAAGGCAGGCUAUUUAGGCCUCCUGGAAUAGGACACCAGAAAAAUGGCACAGGGAAAACCAUAUUUUGUUCCCAGCUGCUGAAAGCCCUGGAGAUGCCAGGGUAGUCACACAGUGGCAGGUGGGCAGAUCUCUCCUCUGGCUUCACUGCAGGGGGGUUUGGGUGUCAGGAUUUGGUGUCACUGUAUA